GAGGCGGGACCGCAUCUUUUCAAGUGUCGCGUGCCCAAGUUGUCAGUGACAGACGUGGGCCGAGCGGACGGAGGAGGCACAUCUGGGUAAAGCGGUUCCGUAAUCGAGUGACUAUGACUCGGGGAAACCAGCGUGAACUAGCCCGUCAGAAAAAUGCUAAAAAACAGAAUGAAAGCGGCAAAGGUAAAAGACAGGAUGAUGGCUUAUCAGCAGCUGCAAGAAAGCAAAGGGAUGCACAGAUAAUGCAGCAAAAACAGAAAAUGGCAAAUGAGAAAACAACAGAAAAGCCGAAGUAGAGCUGUCAAGAGCUGUUAAUGAUUGACAGAACUUCACUGCUUGAUUUACAAGGAAAAAGAGCUGGUCUUUUAAUUAGUUGCUUUUCUGUCACAAAAACUCAUUUUGUUUUGGUGAAGUUCCAAAGUCGUUAAUGUACACUGUCUUAAUGGUGCAUUUUAAUGCUAUGUAACUUUCAAAAGGAUCUCUUUGUAGUGUUGACUGGACCCCUUGGGUGCUGCAAAUGAUUCUUACUCUGCUCAACAUGCAUGAGCUUCAUUCAUCCGAGCAGUAUUUUACGGUGUAAAAGGAAAGCAAAGUCCCUUGUAUGGAGGUAUAUUUUCCUGUAUUUUUGUAUGUACGUAUGUUUGCCCUCCACUUAAUAAAAUGGUAGUUUUUUUUU